CAUUUUUCGUUGAAAAUGGACGAGUCUAAAGAGAAUAGUAUUCAUCACAUGACACUCAAAAUCUGUGAGGAAAUGAAGAGAGCCCCUUUUUACCCGGAAUUCUAUAAUAAUCUUCAGAAACUGGUGGCUUCGCCCACGGUAAAAUACGAAAAUUUCAAGGAAACCCUCCUGAAGUCCAUGAAAAUGAACGGCUUGGAAUCGGAGAUCAAAAACAACAUUUACCACUGGCUCAAGUACAAGAAGAGGGAGGUUUUGUCACCUUACGACGCGUUUUUCAGAAAAGCACAAAUUCACUGGGACCGAAGGAUACACAAGUCGCUCAACUCGAUGAGCAACGAGCUGGGUAUCAGCCUGGUCAAAAUCAGGACUCAAACCGACAUGGACGAGCUGUUGAACAAGUGGAACGAGCUGAGCAACUACGAGGUGAAUAUUUCAAAAUACAGACCUGUCUACGCGCCCAAAGAUUUUCUAGAAGUUCUGCUGAAUUUAAAAGGGCCUAUUUCGAAUACCUUUGAAACAAUAGACGAGUAUUGGGAAUUCGCUCAAAUUCCGCUCAGAGUUAAAAACUUGGACGAAUUGCGAAACGUGUUCGUCGAACUGGCUAGGGGUGAUCAAAUCUUAGGUGUAAAUUUUCCGCUGAAUUCCAUCAACAAUUACGCCUCAUUCGAAAUGGAAAGGAUAGCGAUGGGAGAAAAGGUGCUGGAGAAAAACUACGCCCCGGUGGCUCAAGAAUACCUAAAGAAAGGAAGCCCGAGAUGUUUGAGGUCCAAAAUUUGGGCGCUGAUCUUGGGUUCGGAGGUGAAGCAACCGCAAAAGGAAUAUUUUCAAAAAUUGAAGAGUCACGUCUUGGAAUACGACCUGAUGAUUGACAAACUGAUAAUAAAGGACAUAAAUUUAACCGCUUCAAACGACGAUCAAUACUUUGUAUUCGAAGAUGUUUUAUACCAGGUUAUGCUGUGCUUUUCUCGCGAUGGUGAAAUUCUCAAAGAUCUCCCCACGCAACCUGGAUUCAUGCAGGUGGUUAUAAAAGGAAGACAAAAUACUGCCGAAAAUACUUUGAUUUUCCCUCCUAGUGGGGUGAUUCCCUUUCACGGUUUUACCAUGUACGCUGCUCCUUUCUGUUAUCUCUACGAGGACCCCGUUCAGCUCUACUUCACAUUCCGCGCUUUUUAUUUGAGAUUCUGGCACCGCUUGCACAGGGUGUGUGGGCAUCCUCAAGGGAUUGUAUCUUUAUGCCUGCAGUUUGAGAGGAUGCUUCAGUGCUACGAACCGAAUUUGUGGCAUCACUUCAAGAAGUGUCAUAUUCAUCCAUUGAGGAUCGUAAUCAAAUGGAUUAUGAGAGCAUUCAGUGGACAUUUAAAUCCUGAACAACUCCUCACUUUAUGGGAUAUUAUCUUAGCCUACGACUCCUUGGAGAUUAUACCAAUGCUUGCCGUUGUUAUAUUGAUCUUCCGCAAAGAAAAUCUCUACAAAGUCACGACAUUACAAAAUUUGGAAGCUGUUCUGGCCGAUCUCUCUUCAAUUGCUGUGAUACCAUUACUUCAGAUCGCAUUUUCGAAAGAAUAUCAAUGAAUAGUUCAAAUAAACUUUCAUUCGUGGUA